CUAGGUCUGGAUGUUUAUGCCUGUGGGAAAUAUUCCUGUUAGGUGACAUUGGAUUGAAUUGCUAGCUGUCUUUAUAACUUCAACCACUCUAGUUUCAAUUGAAAUAUUUCUCUUUUUAUGUGGGUUUAUUAUCACAGCUCCACCACCUUCCUUCAUUCAUAAACAUGUUAUCACAGCUCCACCACCUUCCUUCAUUCAGAAACAUUUUAUCUUCUAGACGCCACUGACAGUUUACAAAAUGAUACAAAAUGAUUCAGAUCUGCCCUCAGCAGACAGAAAAUCUUGGCAACCUGUUGUACAGCCUGCUGGGAAUGGAGAUUUCCUUAAUUUUACAGGAACCUUAUGUUUAUAUGUUUACAAUGAUGUGAGUGAACUCAGCCUCACAGGUAGUGUUUAUUUGUGUAUAGUGAAUGGACAUCUUGUGUGUUGACAUUUUUCAUAGGAAGACAUGCCUGAUAUCACUCAUCAGGAAAAGUUUUACCUGAAGGACACAAAGAGCAGCAAUGGGACCUUCAUCAACAACCAGCGACUCAGUCGAGGGGGGGAGGAGAGCGCCCCCCGGGAAAUCUUCUCUGGGGACCACAUACAGUUUGGUGUGGAUGUCAUGGACAACAACAAACGGGGAGAAAAAAUCACACAUAACUGUAUCAUAGCAACUGUCACACUCUUCCAUCCAGAUGGACGAGAAGCCAGAAAUAUAUACUCCGAAUCAGGGCCGUUUUCUAACACUGUGACACCGGGCGUCACAAUUCAAUCUCAGGAACUUUAUCAAUUGGCUCAGUAUCUACAGGAGGCACUACACAGAGAGAAGAUGCUGGAACAGAAACUAAGUACACUCCAGCAACUUGUAGAUAAUACCCAGGAGGCAUCAGAGAAUGGCUGGCAAGCAUUAAUAGACGAGGACCGCCUACUGUCACGACUAGAGGUCCUGGAGAAUCAGCUACAUAUCUACUCAAAGAACCAUGCAGAUGACACACUGCGUCAGGAAGUUGUUACGUUACAAGAAGAAAAGAACACAUACGAAACUACUGCCAAAGAAUCUCUUAAGAGGGUAUUGGAAGAAAAGCUUGAGGCUGUCCGAAAACUUUCAGACCUUGAGCGAUCACUACAUAACACGGAAGAUGAGUGCACCCACCUGAAGGACAUGUGUGAGAAAGCUCAGGAGGAACUCCAGGCUUUGGCUGAAAAGUACCAGGACCAACAGAAGGAAGUCCUAGAUAUACAGGAAAAAUUACAGGAGGCAGAGAGACUGCAUCUAGAGGAGAUGGAGAAAAUCAAACAAGAAAAAGAGGACCUCAACGAAAAACUCCAGGACAUGAUUCGACAGGAGACCAUUCUCACGGCAAAGAUGGAGUCCCUCCAGGCCGACAACGAUAUCGCAUUGGAACAGCUGGCAGCCAUGAAAGAUAGAUUAGAGGCAAUAAAAGAACCAAAGGAAAAUGUGAUAGAUGAAAAGGAAAAUGGAGAAGGGCUGACAAAUGGGGAGAGAAAGACAGAUGAAGAAAACGAGUCAGAAGAUAGAAAGAUCAUUGUAGGGGAUGACAUUAAAAUCAUAAUGAAGGAUGAUGAAAAUGACAAUAAACUGGAGGAUAUUCACAAAUCUGACAGCCUGAACCACAUAGAAAACCACGUCGAUGAAGUUGAUUCCAUGAAAAUUAACUCCUCUGAGAAGGGCAGUCUAGAAGACAUUCAGGGAAAAUUAAAAGAGGCACAGAAACAGAUAGAAAAAUACAAAGAAAUGAUCAGGGAAUCUGAUGAAAAAAUGAAUGAUAGCACAGAGAAGCUAGAAGCCAUUCAGAAAGAACUAGAGAGAGCGGAGAUGUAUGCCAAGCAAUACAUAACAAAGAUAUCCUCUCUAGAAGAAAAGCUUAAGCUGUCGGACUUGCACAUGAAUCUCAUGAUGGAAAAUACCAUGGCAGAUCUGAAGCAGCAGCUCAAAGUUUCCCAACACCAGAAUGACAACAGCUCAGGACUUAUAACAGAACUACAGGAUAAAGUUCGAGUCCUGGAGAGUGAAAUCGUAGGUGCCCGGCUACCAUCGGAGAGGAUGGAGGCCACGCUAGUAGCGACUUGUGCUUCCAAACCGUCCACGGCUGUCUCACAGAUGGAUGAGUCCAAUGAUUCAGGACUGGAGGACGACGACAAUCUGAAAGAACUGUUGAAAGAGGCCAGGAUCUUACAAACCAAGGCUGAAACAGAGCUGAAAAAGUGUCGAGACGAGUUAAAUGUGAGUAAAACUGAAGUCCAGAGGAAAGACGAGGAGACCAGUAGCUUGAAGGACCAACUGUCUGAUGCCCAGAAACUGACCGAUGACCAGUCCAAAAUGGUCGUCAACCUUCAGGAACAACUGAGAAAGGCUGAAACUCAAACCAAAGAAGUGAAGCAACAAAUACUGGAUCUGAGAGACCAGCUAAUGGAUGAACAGAAACUAGCAAAAAAUAGCCAGGAAGAUUUGUUAGCAGUUACAAGUGAACUUGACCUAGAAAAAGUGAAAAAUAAAGAAACCAAAAAGGAACUAGAUGAGACCAAAUCGAAACACUUGGAGAGCCAACAAGCCGCGAAGCAAAGCCACAACGAGGCAGAACAGUUAAAGAACAAAGUUCGCCAGCUUCAAGAGCGACUGGAUUCAGAGAGACGAACAUCUUCUCACCAUGGCUCGAGAAGCCUUCACCUAGACACACACGGUCGUGACACGCAUAGCCGUGAGUUUUCUCACGGAAGCUCUUCACUCAGGGAUUCGCAUCAUGGCUCACAUAGGGAACUCCACAAAACUAACAGCGGAGGGCAUGCACCCUCCAGUCCGUCUGGGAAACAGCGAGGUAAUAUAAUGGGUGAAUUUACAGCACUCAAAGAAGAAUGCUCAAGUCUUCGAAAAAGAAUCCAGGCCAUUGAAGCAGAGAUGAAGAUGUCGCGCAAAGAGAAUCUGCAACUGUCGGCCGAAUACAACAAACUGCAGGAGUCGUAUCGACAGCUCGAGGUCAUGAAGGACCAGUUAGAAACGCAGGCCUUAGCCUGGCAGUCCAACCUCACCGACUCGCAGAAGGAGAACGAACAGACACGGCAGCAGGUGGGGGAGGACACCCAGCAACACAGAGGUUUGGUAAUGGCAGGGUCAAAUGUCGCAGGGUCACCGGGUCCACAGUUAGAAGAAACCACCACUGAGGUCACGAGUUUGAGGUCGAAGUGUCAGGAAUAUAAGGACAAGGCCAGUGAGUUGGAGGUAGAGAUGAGUCUCGUCCACGAGCAGUACAAGCACCUGUCAGACCGGACCAAAGUGUUGUCAUUCGCCUCCAGUAUCCCCCUUUUGAUGUUACUGUUCGCCAUUUUGAUGGCCCUGUAUCCCACCCUGGCUCAGAUCACCGCGACAACAGUAUGACAUCAUGGGGGGAGAUAACUGCUGAUUCACCCACCUCCUCCUCAUCUGGGUGUCUGAUGCUAUCUGUGAUGUGUGUUAGAGCCGGAUUGAAAAUGACACAGAAACACAUGUGUAUAAAUGGUGUAUGGAUGUGUUUUGUUUCGUUUGUUGAAAUCUUUGAUGAGUUUAUUGCAUUUAUUGUAUUUCAAGCAUGCAGUAUGUUAUUUUGAAGAUUGUGUUGUAGUUCGUGUAAAGAUAUUUGUAUGUAGGGUGAAAUCUGUGUUUUGGUCCUUCAUGUACAUUUAUGUAUCUAAAAUGUAACAUGUACCCUUUAAAUUUUCUGUGAUAAAGUGAGUGCUAAUUAUAACCUCUGUUGUACAGUCAGUAGCACCGUGCAAUACACAGGUUUCCUUCCAGUAGAAAGUCAGGAAUUUUUUCUGUAAAUUGAAUUUUUUAUUGAAUUAAGAUACGAAGAUAUAUAAUAUGCAAGCAAGCUAUUGUUGUUUUUGCAGAUGAAAUUUUAGUUUGUAAUGUUAGGCGUUUAAGUCAUAUACACAGUGUUCAUUGUACAGAAAAACUGGAAUAUUUACUCUGAAGACAGUUGAACAUUAUAUCAGGAAUUUGAUAAAACCAGGAAAUUUUAUUACAGAACGAGGAAUGGUUUCACAGAAACAUGUAUGAUGGAGGCUACUACAAUCAGUUGAUAUCUUUAACACACUGUCGGAGAUUUGAGAGUGAUUGUUUAUGUGUAUUAAAACAAAAUAAUCAAGCUACAUUCUAGCUUGUGAACAAAUUAUUUAUUCUACAGAAGACUGUUUGUCUCAGCUUUGCUCUCUCUUUAUAAAGGCUAGAUUAGCAUUAUGUCACGUAAAUAAUUGUCUAGAACUAAACGCGUGAACUUACUGCAGGUUUUUGAAGUUAUACACUCCUUAUUAGAAAAGAACACAGCAUAAGGAACAUUCAGUCCAGCAAAACUGUCAUAUACACUCGGAGUUUGUAAAAAGAUUGGAUUUAACUUCUUUUGUUGUUUGAAUUCCCCCCCCCCCCCCCCCCCCCCCCCAUUUAAGUGUUCUGCAGUUUGUGAAAUUUGAGUGUAAAUUUUAUAAAUUUGUGCAUGAUUACAAUCUAAUUUGCAGAAUUUGAACAGUAUCUGUACCUCAGACCUAUACACGUUUUGCCAUUCCUCAGAGUACUAGUUUACGAAGGCACACUCCAUAAAGUAAGUCUUCCGGUGACUAGACAGACUUCUACCACCCCCUCUUUUUCUUUUGGUCCCCAUGUGUCACCUUCCACGAGAAGGGACUUCUAAGGGGAAUAGUUGUCCUACCUUUGUCUCUCUGGUGUUUUCUGUUUGAUCUGCUUUUCAUUGGAUAUUGUUUUCGUUUUCAUCAGAAUAAAAGCUUUCAUGUCAUCCAAACAAAGAAACACCAAGAGGAUUCCGAGGAGCUGAACUUCGAGCAGCACAACCCUGUUCUGUACUCCUCUUCCCCUUUCAUUCUUUGUGUGUGCUCGUAGAGAGAGAGUGUGUAAAUAUAUACAUAGGUACACAGCAGAUAAUAUAUUAUUAUUAAAACCAGUGUAUAUAGAUAGAGUUUCCAAAAUGUCCACAGUUCCAAGGCUUUAAACCAAUCAGCAGGGCUUUCUCAUCAAACAACACGGCUGCAGAUUCAUUUUAAUGUACAAUAGAGACGUUGGUCCAUUUCAUAGUACAACUCGGUCAUUCGUUAAUAUCAAUUUCAGUGUACAAGACAGCUACAGUACAUAUAUUUGUCCAGUUUAAUGGGCAACACAGCCAUUGGUCCAUUGUAAUGUACAGCACAGCCAUUGGUCCAUUUUUAUGUACAGCCAUUGGUACUAUUAUAAUGUUACCACAUAAGAUAUUUAGCCAUGUGUAUGUUGUAACAUCUCGCAGUGCCAGAUGGGUGGUGUAAACAUGCUGAUUAAUGUAAGAAGCAUCUAUACAAUACACCAAAAACAUUUAGUAUUGAUAUUUCUCCAUUUAGACAUUUAUAACAUAGUGACAUCUAUGAUUUACAAUGUCAUUUAUUAGUGUGGCUAUUUAUUUUUUAUCAUUAUUUUUUUUUUUUUUUUUUUUUUGGUUUGUAUUUCUUUUAACAUGUUUAAAGAAACAGGGUAUGCAAUAUGUAUUAAGAGAAUGAUUUUGUAAACAUGUAAUAAAGUGAGAUAUGCUGUAUUGCUAAUAUUCAGUAUAUACAUGUAUUGUGUAUAGUAAAAUAUAAUCUGAAUACACCUAUUAAGCAACUUCAUGAUUUAUAGAUUUAAUUAACUUUCUUUCAUCGUGGUAUGUUUAAUCAGAAAUGCACACAGCGUGUACAUUGAAACCGACAGCAUUGUAAGCCUGCUUUUUGUUUGGUAGCCUUGGACUGGGGCAGAGUUUUGAGACAUUUUUGUAUAAACACCUACUAUUUACUAACUUGAUUUGUUUUUAUUACUUCAAAUGUUGACAGUAAAGCUAUGCAGACAUGCAA